AGGCCCAAAUAUAUUCAGUUUCUGUGCGCGAAGCCUAGCAUAUAACGAAAGCCCUUCUUCCUAAAGCCCAACCCAAUUUCAAAAACCCUAAUUACUGAAGCUACAUACUAAAAGCAAACAGCCAAAUUGGUUAUCCGGCGACUGCAGAAUUGGGAGGAAAUGCAAAUCUUCGUGAAAACCCUGACCGGGAAAACUAUUACGCUCGAGGUCGAAUCGAGCGACACCAUCGACAAUGUCAAGGCCAAAAUCCAAGACAAAGAAGGAAUUCCGCCGGAUCAGCAGCGUCUGAUUUUUGCUGGCAAGCAGCUGGAAGAUGGCCGGACGCUCGCCGAUUACAAUAUUCAGAAAGAGUCGACGUUGCAUUUGGUUUUGAGGCUUCGUGGAGGAAUUAUUGAGCCUUCCUUGAUGGCUUUGGCUAGGAAAUACAACCAGGACAAGAUGAUCUGCCGCAAAUGUUAUGCUCGUCUGCAUCCCCGUGCUGUUAACUGUAGAAAGAAGAAAUGUGGGCAUAGUAACCAGUUGAGGCCCAAGAAGAAGAUCAAGUAGACAUACUUGUUUUGCAAGUUAUCAACAGAUACCCCGAAUUUUACUCCAUUUUCAAUAUUGAUUUUCUAUUUGCCAGAAUAUUAAGAUGUUUUCGAUACUUCAUAAUUACUGCAUUGUGCUUAAUCUCGGAAGAAAUUGAAUUCAAAGCUACCUAUUUUUCCUUUUA